AAAUUGUUGGUACUUGCUCAUGGCUGCAUGUCUCAUCCAAGUGUUUCAGACGCAAGUGAUCCUUGUCUUGUCUUGUCAAUUUUUGUGGAGCAUGUGGUGUGACUCCUCCAGCCCUGGCAGUUAGUUAAUAAACACAGGCCUGUCAACAGCUGCUGGUGAUGUAAUGUGGAACUUCUCCUCACUCUCCUUAUCCUCCCGCCCCACCCCGCCUCCCUAACUCCCUCCACCAGCACCCUCCCUUCUAUUUACAAGUCUUAUACUGGGUGUUGCUGCAGACUUCCAGCACCGGCCGCACAGAUAGGUGUGUUUAAAGAGUGUGUGUUUGUCUGUAGCUUCCCCCUGCAACACUUCCAGGGGAAUUUACGACAGCAUGUUUUCAGCUGCCAUCAAAGGAAAUUCCACAUCAUCAGGUUGUCUUCCUAACCAAAACACCUCUGAGAGUCUGGGAACUACAGAGCUGGCCACAAACCUGUUGAGUGGAGAGGAUCCGGCCGGCGCAGAGGCUUCCCAGGUGUGUGGAUCGCCGCAGGGCAGAGGGACCAUGUACAGACACCUGGAGAGGAGAGAGCAGUUAAAGAGAUUGUCUCUUGACAGCGGCCUGCCGGAAUACAUGGACGCCAACAAAUGCAUUGACGAGCUUCUGAAACAGCUUGAGGAGGAGCGUCGAAAUGUCCGAAGGGAAAAGCUGGCCGUGGCUCGCCUACAGAGGGAAGUCGCACGGAGCAAAAGCGAAGGAACAAUGCGAGAAAAGCUGAUCCACGAGCUAGAGGAAGAGCGACGCCUGCGACUGGAGAGCGAGAAGCGUCUCCGGGAAGUGACGGAGGAGUCAGAGGUGGGACGGGCACAGAUGGUUUCACUGCAGCAGCAAUUCUCCAGGAUGGAAGAGACGGUGCGGUCGCUGCUGCAGAAUCAGGGCGUCGGGGAGCAGACUGCUGUGGACACGGUCGACAUCAUGAAGGCCUACAAGGAUAAACUCUCCGAGGAAGUGCGGAAACAGUACGAUGGCCUCGAAGGGAAUGGCUCAACGCCGUCGACUCAAACGGAGCCAGACCCGGGGCUUCCGCUGAACGCCGAUCCCGAUGCCAGCCAAGCAGAAGAUGACACAGACAAAUCCAGACCUCUUCUGGAUCACCUCAAAGCCCUGGAGGAGAAGAAUUCCGCCUUGGCCUCGGAGAACAAGAGCCAGAGGGAACAGUAUGAACGCUGUCUGGAUGAGGUUGCCAAUCAAGUUGUGCAGGCGCUUCUCACUCAGAAGGAUCUGAGAGAGGAAUGUCUGAAGCUGCGUACGCGAGUUUUUGACCUCGAGCAGCAGAAUCGGGCGCUGGGUGUUCUGUUCCAGCAGCGGAUCAAGCCUGCCUCGGACCUGCUUCUCCAGAAACUCCACUCUCGGAUCUUGGAUCUAUCUGCGGCCGAUUUGCUUCUGGAGACAGAGAGAAGCAAGGCCUUCUUGCUUUCCAGAAAUACAGACUCUCCCUCCAGUGAGGUUCAGUUGAAUGGAAAAGCAGGUCUCCCUGUGACCAAGUGUCUGAGCCAGCUGAGUCUGACAGCGCCAGCGCCUGUUUACCCACGCAGCAGCUGUAGCAGUAGUGAGUUGUCCCUGUCAAGUGCGUGCAGCGAAUUCUCCAGCGGCUCCUACACCUGGAAUGAUGGACGCUCCUGUGGGAAAAUGUCAUCUCUGACCUGGGAGAAGAGGCUUAGUUUGGGUUCGUCAGCCCCGAGUAAUAUCUGCGCCACCCUGGAGGAGCAGCUGCCCACAAGGCGCAAAGAGAGCAACAUACUCGAGGGACUGAGAAAGCUCCAGAGGAGGAAACACAGGAGCUCCUCUGCUUCAUCCAAGGUCUCCAAGUCAGGCGACAAAGACUGCAUGAACUCCAACGAGGGCAUCUACUCGCUGGGUAUCAAGAGUGGCAGUAAAGUGGUUUUCAAGCCUACCCAUGUGGGUAGAACUGCAGCUGUUGGGGGCAAGAAGUUCUCUUAUGAUUCCGAUGAUGCAGAUGAUGAAUUGGCGCAUUCCAGUCGAGGAGAUAACAUUCCCACCAAAGACAGCUGGCUUUACUGUAGGAGGCUCUCCCGCAGCAUUUCAGACAGUUUGUGUAGCUGGGAGGGGAUACAGGACAGUGGAGGUGACUGUAGCUCAGGUCUCAGGGCUACAAAACAACCUUCUGGUUGUGACUCAAAAGAGCGUCCUGAGAAACUCAUGAGUUUCAUUAACAGUUUUCUACCUGAGGGAGGGCGGAAAUCAGCUUUUAGUAAACCAUCCUUGCUGCACUUCAACCCCUCUUACCCAGCGGGUCCUAAUCACCUCUCUGAUGUCGAUGAUCCAGAGGAACUCAACUCUGAGUCUAGUGAAAUCGGAAUGUCCUUUAGCCAGCCACCGAAGCUAGCAGAGAGGGACUCCAAGAGGGUGUCAAGAGAUUCUGCCAAGCUGCUCGCACAACAGUGCUUGCGUAGAGAGCAGGGACGCACCCAGUCUGCAGAUGGGAGGCCCAGAACUUUCAGCCUAAUUAAGGAGCCCAAAGGGGCCAAGUGUACUCAGUCUGAGGAGAGCAUUUUGGCAAUAUUUGAUGCAGAAGGAGAGCCUAUUGAACUUUGUGCUCAGAAGCUCACAGCAGGUGCUGGGCCUCGAAAUGACAUUCAAAGUAGCAAGGUAGUUGCCGAUUACACAGAACUAGUGUCCCGAGAGAGGCCAACAAGGCAAAAAGCAGAAAAUGCAAGAAACUACAGCAUUCUUGAAUCUCCAGAAAAGCCAUCUGAAUAUCAAAUUAGGUCUAGCAAAACAAGCAAUAGCAGGGAGGGCAGUGCAGAGAGGCUGUCAAUGCAGCUGACUCCACAAAGGAAAUUAAUCAAACCACCAAGCAGCCGACCCAAUAAAGGCCAUUCCAUCCCACCAAUGAAUGAUUCUGCUGGUUCCAAGUCCAGUGGUUCAAAGAUACCCGGCCGUAACAAACCCUCAGGAUCCCCACUGAGAUUGUCUAAGGGCUCUUCCACUGACCCAAGUAACAGUGGAAACUCAGGACCCUCUGGUCAGGAGAAAUCCCCCUCCUCUCCUGCAGUUAAACUGUCCAGGUUCAUAAAGACACCAGGAAUCUGCAUACAGAGCCCAAAGGCGGUAAACUCCAAGCUCCCCAGCAGGGCCGAAUGGAGUAAAGGCUCCUCCUCUGGUUCCCCGCACCUCUCAAGGAGGCACCUGGAGUAUGCUGACAAUGGUGAACAGCCAACCAGGGACAAACACUGUGAAACCACCAAAAACAAACUCAGGUCCCCUUCUCCUCCCCCUCCCCCGGGCCGCACCACCUCCUUACUGAUCAGACCAAAUUACGAAGGGUCGCCUCAAGCACAUAAAACAUGGGUGGCUCAAACAUCCACAUCAACCACUGUGAGGGGCCCUCCCCCAAGUUACCACACCUCAAUUUUACCAAAUAUGCAAACUACGCUACCCAUCAAGGAUAAAGACUGUUUAGACUUGGAUGCAGGCUACGGGACUGCACUUGCACCUCAGAAACUGGUUGAGAAAACCAGUCAGCACCUUCAAAAGUCCCCUGCCAUGACACCUACUAAAGGCACUUCCAAGAGGAUGACCUCGAAAGACUACCUCCCUUCUGCAAACUCAGGGUGUGCUCCAGAAACUGAAAAAUCACCUAGAAGCUCAAAGAAUGUCCCUCCUCCCUACAGUGCCCUCAGAGGGUCCUCACUUCAGAACUCAUUUGCAAAUAAAAGAGGAGCAACCCAUGAAAAUGUCCAUCAGACAGUGCAGAAGACCUGUGUUAGUUUACCUACAUCGCUUCAGGACAACCCUCAAGGUAAAACCGAACCACAAAAUGGUAAAGCUGUUGUCAGCCCACCCAGCUUGGUCAUGCUUUCCCCCAACACAGCAGAAAAAGCCUCAAAGACUCGCAUCCCAAUGGGGUUUAAACCUUUUUUUAAAUCUCCACCCAGUCAUAAAAAUAGUCUCUCUAUACCAGGCAAGCAAGAGAAAGAUCAUAUCAACUCAGUCUCCAAGGAGACUGUGACUUCAAAUGCUUCUACCCAGUGUGACAGCUUGAAGCCAGUGUACAGUAUUGAUUCCCCUCCCAAGAUGUCCAUUACAGAGGGGAAAGAUGAGGUCCAGUGUAGGUUAAAGGAAGAAGACGUGCAUGCUGCUGUGUUACCAGAGGAGGGGGACGUUUGCGAUAAAGGGAAAAGGAGUAGUGAACUUUUCUCUAGAUCCAUAUCUGUUACUACCAAAUCUCAUCUAAAGCCGGCCUUGGGGAUGAAUGGGGCCAAAGCCCGUAGCCAGAGUUUCAGCACCAACUACAUUGAGAAACCCAACAUCAAUGUUCUCGAUGGACCUGGUAAAAUCCGAACUCAGAUCAUCACCAACUCUGGUGAAAGGGGGAACUCUUUGUCAAGGCAGAGUUCCUUGGAUGUACCAAGUGUUGGGUUAGUGGAGAGCCCUGUCCAUUCCCCCAGGACUAGGCUUAGCCACUACGGAGGCAUGACAGGGUCAAAUAGUCACAACAUCCUUCCUGAGAGAACUAUUAAAUCAGGCUCCAAAGCUGAGGGGUCACACGGUAAAGAGGCACGUAGCUUACCCAUCAGUGAUAGGAUUGGUUUGAACAACAUUCGUAAGCCAGCAAAAGUUGCCUCUCAUCCACAGUUUCAGCCUCCUUCCUCUUGUGUCUAUAGCUCAGAAAAGCCAGUGCGAGAGACAGGAGGCGUUGCAACCACCCCAAAUGAGCCAGACUUUAGCAGGGAAGUCAAAAUCCAGACAGACUCUCCAGAUACAGAGGAGAAAAAAAUCAGCCCAACAGUGUGCACUAUUGAAGAGAAAGUCAUGAUGGGAAUUGAAGAGAAUUUGCAGAAAUGUCAAGAACAGGAGAAGGUCGCUGCCAGCGAGACCAAACAGAAAACGGGCCCCUCUCUGGCAAACUGGUUCGGCCUCCGUAAGAGCAAACUUCCAGCUCUGGGCGGUAAGAAAGCAGACUCCCCCAAGGGAAAAGAGGAGAAGAAAGAGUCGAAGAUUGGAUCAGUGCUUGGAGGCAAACAGAUGAAGUCUGACAAGAAGAAGGAUAAGAAGAAAAAUGAUAGCCAGCAGAGAGACAGUCAGGAGGUGCAGAAUCUGUCUGAGAUGAACAACAAGCUGAGCUCCAUCAUGGACCACUGCAACAAUCAGAUGGGUCAGAUUGCCAGUCAGAUCCAGUGUACGACAGCCUUUAUCGGCAAAGACCAGUUUGUUAAAGAGAUUCUUGACAGGACUGCUGUGAAGGGCAACUGUGUGGCUGCAUCGCCACCGGGGAUCUCCACACCCAGGAAACACAGCGAAAUGAAGGGAGAUAUGGAGAUCUGUCCAGAUACUGCUACCCUUAUAAUGACUCAGAAGAUCAACCUGAGGGCUGAAAAUGAGGAGGGACGCAUCCCAGACACAGCUUGUCAAGACCACAUGCUAGGCUCUGGCUGUCAGAUGAGAACUCUGGACAGCGGGAUCGGCACCUUCCCUCUCCCCGAUUCCGUCACCCGGGCCAGCGGUCGCCACAUCCCCAAAUCUGAAUCCAGCCCCGAUGGGGUGACCGCUUGCUCCUCUGAUCUCGAUCGGGAGCCUCCCUCUUCUUACCCAGACCCCUCACAACCUGAUGUGAAAGUGCCUUCCCUCCCAAAAACCUGUCUGCAUGCCCCUGCCAGCAUGGGUCACUCCCUGUCGGAGUCCAGUGUGACCUGCAGCGACAACACACAAGACACCCAGAGCCGCCUACCCAAAUUAGCAGCAUCAGAUGCAAUCAGGACAAAGAGGUUGAGUCUUUGUGCUCCACGCAGCAACAUCUCCACAGAGGACAAAAAGAAGGAAAGUGAGAGGAAGAUGAAAGCCCAUGCCCAUGAUAUGCCUGGGGAAAGAGCCCUGCAAGUGUCCACGUACUCGGGGAGCAGCAGCGACACCGAGACUGAACCCGAGGGAACUGGAAGCUCACCCCAAAGGACCCUGAUCAACAGAUCUAAGAAGAAUGACUCAGUCGACCAGAAUGAGGAGACCCUGAAGCGAAGCAGUGUGGAGAAAUCCUUGUUGAUCAUGGACUACUACCAACACGAUACAUACUCACAUCUGGAAAAGGACAGCAGGAGGAUUUCCCAGUACAACCUGUUGCACAAGGAGUCAUCCCUGGAUGGCAAAGCAAGAGACAGACUCAGUAAGGAGAUUCCCAUGGAGAAGACGCCCGUCAGUGCCCAGCCCGGCUCUCUCGACUUCUCUUUGGAGUCCCUGAACAACCUGAAUCACAGCAGCUCCAGCAGCAGCAGCCUGUACCCGGACACAAGCUUAGGCAGCCGCAGAGUAGACUGCCACGCUGACGCAGGAAAGAGCAGGGAGGACUACUGCAAGGUGGACGAGCCCUCCUCCUCCAGUUUCUCUAGCAAGCCUGGGGCGGAUCCUGUGGGCUCCCUCAGCGACUCGCUGUACGACAGCUUCUCCUCCUGCACCAGCCAGGGCUCCAACGAGGUGUAGGGGCAACAAGUAAGAAGGCAGGGCUGUAGCGCUAGAGUCCAGUCUCAAAUCUGGUUUUCAGACCAGUCCUCUAAAAUCUUGUGUCUUUCCUUUUUUGAAUUAUCUUCUGAGUGGAUUUUCAGGUAGAUUUUCAUCUGAACCUUUAGAACUCCUAAGCAUUGGUAUUUGCAUCUGCAAGUAAAACAAAUACUUAAAUUGGACUUGGUUUGUUCUGGCAUUGGUCUCAACACCCUUUGGAUCUGGACUACUGCCCUGCCACAACAUGUGGAGCCCUGUCCUCUCUACAUACAACACAAAGCACUUAGUGGAGCUGGAGACACGAGGAUGAAACCUAAACCCAAACACCAAACCAUGGACUUUUGAUAGUUUGACUCUGGGUGUGGUGGAUUGGACAGCAAUACACAACGUUGUUUUAUUGCAUUUUUUUCUCCCCAUGCUGGGGAACUUCUUAUCAUUGCACUGUAACAAAUACUGUACAAAGUUUGUAAGGAGUGUAAAGUGAACGAUUAUUCAAGCAGUGAUAAGCAGGGCGUUUUUUUGGGGCAACGCUGAUGGGCAACACUGGUGUACAGUUGCAACAAAAUUGUUGCUUUGAUUGCAUUCCUAUUUGCUAGGAAAAAAAAGAUUUAAAUCUAAGGUGUCAUUUUAUGUUUUGCUGCUAAGUACGUUGCCCAGUUGCCUAUCUCGUCUUUGUGUUAUUUUGAGCCGUUAUGCAGCUGAUAAUGGCAAAGAAAACCGACAAUUCAGCUAUCAAUACUCAUUUCUUGCUGCAUAUUAUCUAAUGAUGUCAACUGAAGCAAAGCAUACUAUGUUUCCACGUGGUAUAUUAACUAAUAAGAUGAUUUCUCAGUGUCUGACAGGUACAGCAAACAACCAACAUUUUGGUAGCUCAGGGAACAUACUGGACUAAUAUAGAUUGUAAGAUUUAAACUGCAGUCAUCAGGAAAAUGUCGACUAACGCAAAUAACUCAGUAAUCUUUUGCUUUUUUGAGUUCCUCAUGCUAAACUCCAAUCCAAACAGCCUAGUUUAUAGUCUCAUGUAGCGUACCUGAACUCUCCACACCUCAGUUUUCCUUUCAUAGUUGUAUAUUAUGUUGUAUAUAAAAUUGCUAUAAGUUAAUAUCAGAAUGGGCAUUGCUGAUUGAUAUAUGCAAAUGAGAGAAAAAAAUAUGUAAAUUGUUUGCCAAUCAUUCAACCGAGGUUUUAAGUCUACUGUUUGAAAAUGUCUUUUUUCUGAUGGAAUUCUUUAGGGGUUCUUGUUUAAAGCAAAAUCUUUAUUUUGAUCAAUAAGAGCUAAUACUAAAAUAUUUUAUCACUUAUGACGUUAUGACAAAUUUCUACCUGGAAUUUGACCAGCUGGUGCUAAUCAACAGAGCCGACUGUGUGUUUCAAUUUUUCUAUGAAACUGUUAAUAUUGUAUGAAGAGAGUCUGAAAAGGACUUGUGUAUUUUUCUAGAUGUCCAGUAUUUAUACCCACAUUUUGUACUGUCAGACUGUAGUGUGAUUAUCAUGCUUCACCUCUCUCCUUAAAUGUUCCUGGUUCCUUUGUAAAGAGAAAUGGUUACCAGCAGUGUUACUUUGGUAAUUAUUAUUAAUGUUAUUGUUAUUAUUAUUACUGUGUGCAAUUUUGUCUGUUACACCAGACUUUUAUGCUAUAUUUUAUGUAACUAUUUCCUAAAUAAAUAUGAGAAACUAUUUCCUAUUUCAAGCUGA